GAACUCAGCCAUUAGAGGAUCUUCGCUUAUAUAUGUUUCACCUCACCACGUCAAUAAAGCAGCUCGGUCAGUCGGAUUGUCGAGCAAGUAGCAAGUGGACGCGUCAGUGGGACUUGACAUUGGGGACUGGCUGAUCGCCUGAUCUCGUAUUAGUCGUCUUGGUCGCCAAUUUCCUCGGCUCUUCCCCUCGAUCGAUCGACUCGUUGAUCGAUGAUCUGUCGUACAUAGUCUGUCCUCACGUCCUCGCGUUAUACUGUAUCCGCAUCUAUACCGUGUCGUGUCGGUCAUAUCGUGUCGUGCUGUUCUGUACCGUGUCGCGUAGGGGCAUCCACUGAGCGUGAUCCGUACGGUAUAUUCGUCGCGGACCGGUGCCCGGAGAAGACUCCAGCUAGAGACCCAGAGGGACGACGGAUCACCGUUCAUCUCUUGCGAUUACCGCACCGUACGUCGUGGCGCCGUGACGCCGCGACGCCGCGACGUUAACGGGCUUCGUCGGCGACCUCAUCUGCUGUCAAUCGCAGCGGUCGCGCCGACGACGAGGGCAACGUUUCCCGGAUCGAAGGGAAGAGUCGCGUCCAUCCACUGCUGAUAUGGGGCCGUUCGUCGAGCGCUUGGUCCUCAGCGCGAGCUCUUUCUGCUUCGGGAAUAAAUAAAACUCAUCUGAUUCUCGAAGAGUGCGACGUUCCUUUCUAAGAUAGACAACAGGCUCAGGAUGGCGUCGACCUCCAGCAGCACGUCGCCCGAUGUCCAGGUGCUGAUGGGCAAGGGCAAGCGAGGGGCGGCCGCCUACAUCAGCUUGACCACGGGUCGAGACACCGGCGGUUGUCCACCGUAUCUCAACGAGCUGCUGAACGUCCUGUUGAACCCCAGCAAGCCCAUCGACGAUUGGGAGACCAUCGACUGGUGCAAGUGGUUGAUGGCCGGUGGACGCACGCCCGACGAGUUCGCCAGUACAGUACGUACUUAUGAUAAUGCUACUACUUGUGGUCUGGUAUGGACACCAAACUUUGUAGCAUAUCGCUGUCGUACAUGUGGCAUAUCUCCUUGUAUGUCCUUGUGUACUGAGUGUUUCAAAAAAGGAAAUCAUCAUCGUCAUGAUUUCAAUAUGUUUCUCAGCCAAGCAGGUGGUGCAUGUGACUGUGGCGAUACAUCUGUGAUGAAGGAGACUGGAUUUUGUGAUAGGCAUGGGCCAAAGGCAGCUGUAAAUAAAUCAGUCGCACCAUCAGAUCUGAUGUGUGUAGCCGAGGCAAUGAUGCCCAGAAUUAUUCUUCGACUUAUACAACAUUUACGCGAGAAUUGUAAAAUGGAUGUAGAUUAUAGAGGUGCUAUACAUGAAGCAGAUUCAUAUUUAACUAUGCUGCUCGAUUUAAACAAUAUGGGCGCAUUAAUGAGACACGUUAUGACAUCAGCUCUCACGAAUCCGCAAAAGUAUCGAGGUCUCAUGGAUCCCUCGGUCUUAACGGGACAAUCCGAGUAUGAUAGUUAUUGCCAAGAUAGCAAUAAAAUAUAUCAGCAUGCCGUAAAAUCGUUGCCGAAUCCAGAACCACCCGAUGAAUAUAAAGAAUGUGUAUCGCUUCAAGAACACUUGGAACAUACCACAUUCUUGGAGGAACUGAUGUUCUGGACAGUUGCUUACGAAUUUCCGCAAAAAUUGGUCUGUCUAUUAUUGAACAUGUUGCCAGAUCCUGAUUAUAAGGAAGCUUUAACCCGCGCCUUUGUGUUGCACUACAGUAGAAUCUCUAUGAUGCUCGAGCGUUCCACAGAUCCCGAUACGUUGAGCAAUAGAGUAGUACAUGUUAGCGUACAGUUGUUUAGUAACGAGAAGCUAGCAUUAAGGAUGGUUGACCAGUUAAAAUUGUUACAUGUUAUGGUUAUCAGUUUGAAAUACAUGAUGAGCAAAAUACUCAUUGAGAAUACCUUGCAUGAUCCGGAUAAGAACUUUCAUUAUGUCGUGGAUUGUGGACGUCAAGUGAUGAAGGAACAUUGUUAUUGGCCAUUGGUGUCCGACUUAAACAAUGUGCUCUCACACAAACCAGUCGCAGUCAGAUUUAUGAGCGAUAAUACUCUCUUGGAAAUGUGGUUCGAUUUUUUGUCCAUGUUUCAAGGCAUGAACGUCAACCAAAGAGAGUUGAGCCAGCAUGUCGAAUUCGAACCCAACACUUAUUAUGCAGCGUUUAGUGCGGAAUUGGAGGCUAGUGCGUACCCAAUGUGGGCCUUAGUGUCGCAUCUUCGCGGACCUGAAAGUGCGACAUUAAGUCGACGAGUACUCGCCUUUUGCCUCACGGCUUUGCAAGAUUGGUUAGAUGCCGUGAAUUAUACUCAUCCAAACGUAAGUGAUAGUCUGCAAGUGUCGUUUCAUCUGCCGCUUCAUCGAUAUCUCGCCGUGUUUAUGUGUCAGGCAAUUAGACAACAGGGAGCGACUCUACGCGAGUUACUACCGCCCACAGACAUGUUGCAUCUCCUUAUGAUGCAUCCACUGCGAGUUCAGGUGGCUUUUUAUGAAAUCUUGAAUGGAUUAUGGGUUCGCAACGGACUCCAAAUAAAGGGCCAAGCAAUGACUUAUAUUCAGUGUAAUUUCUGCAAUUCCAUGGUAGAUGCAGAUUUGUAUCUGUUACAAAUUUGCGCCACGAAAUUAUUGCCAGAUGUCUUUCUGAAAACUAUCAUCGAAAAAUUUCAUGUGAAGGAAUGGAUGAGUUUAUGCUUGUAUAAUGCUCCACAAAAUGAAUAUCUUGAGGGCGAGCACGAUACGCCGAUGUUAGAGAGUUGUCUAACAUUCUUGGCUACAUUAGUCAACGUGAGAACAAAUCUCGGCUUAUCGGAUGCUGAGAUGUCUCGUCUUGAAAUGGUGACUCUAUUGUGUAUGGGUGAUAAGACACAUAGCCAACUAAUGGAACUGAUGCCAGAACGCUGUGGAACCACUCAAAACAGAGACUUCGAAUCUGUCCUGGCUGAUGUAGCGCAAUAUAGAGCUCCGAAUCUUGAAGCGAGUGGCAAUAUGCAGCAAGGUAUGUACGGACCGAAGCCUCGGAUAUGGGACGAGCUUUUCGAUCCUUUGCAUGUUUUGUUACGAGCAGUGCAUAGGAGAGACUUCCAAAUAUCCAUGGACCGUUUUACGGAAUACGUGAAGCAAUCAGGCAAACUGAAAAACAGUGCUACUCCUUGGCCUCCAUUUAGGCAUCCCGCUCCGGUAUCGUCCGAUUAUGAUGAUCCUCGGAUCGUUCUACGCACCAGAGUUUUUCAUGCUAUGAUCCUGAUAAUACUGUAUAAGGCUGUAAAUGGGCAUAAUAUAUCAGAGCACGUUAUGGCAUUAGCUGUUUAUCUUCUGGAGAUGGCGGUGAUUACUGCGGAUUCACCUGAUAAAUCUGUGAAUCCUUUAUGUCAAUAUACCCGUAGCAGCUUUCGCGUAAUAAAGGAUAUGAAUUUAGGUGGAUGGUAUAAAAGUGACAGUUUGUCCGAAAAUCUGAGGACAGUGAUACCUCGAGUGAUUCUAGUCCAAGAGUCGGAGCCGAAUAGCUCGGACAGUGAAUUUGAGUGGGAGGUACAAGGAGAAAUGAGCGAAGUGACAACAUCUUUAAUGCUAAAUGACAGUACCAACUAUAAUAAUAGUACGAAGAAAGACGCUCUGAAAUUUUUAGAAUUUUCUAUGAGGAAUACAGGAGACACUGCGAGGAACGACAAUAGUGUAUCGAAUGCGAAUGCAACAUCUUUGUCGGCUUUACCACCGUCAGUCGAAAAUGCUAGGCCCUUACCAGCUUUACCAUCAACAAGUGUGGAAUAUAAUUUGAUUGUACCUGAAGAUAGAAUCGUUGCUAUACCUCGUAGUAACAGUGAGGAUGACUUAAGGAUAUCUCUGCAAAGAGCUCUACCAUCAUCUGGAGAAGAAUCUAUGGCCCUAGCAAUAGAAUCGCCCCCUUCGCCAAAUAAUGCAAUUGGCGACCAGCCUGCGUUACCACCUGCUCCUCAACGUCCGGCAGUUAUGGCCGGAAAUGAGAUAAUCGCGGCACAUUCAGUUAACUAUAGAUCUACAGAAAUCGUUCCAUCCACAUCAAACCCUCACAAACAUUUUAAAAGGAGAGAACCACAGGCUGGAUCGAUGCAACCACAAACUGUAAAAGUAGGAGAAAGCAUAAUUUCCCUGCUAUUGAAAUUACAUUCUCAAUUGUCGGGUGUACCGGAUAGCUACAAUCCUGAACAGAGUGCAAUAUCAGAUAAUGAAGCUAGUAGCAGCAGUAGCAGUAGCAGCAGCAGCAGCAGUAGCAGUAAUAGUAAUAGUAAUAGUAGUAAUUCUUCCGCACUGAGUGAGUCGCGGAUUGGCGAUGGGCCAUUCUUCAUAUCACAACUACUCAGAAAAAUAGCGGAUUUAGAUCCUAUAUGUAAACAAACUAUUAUCGAGACUAGAAACAAAUUGUGGCCCCGCAUGCAAGAAUGCGAGGAGGAUGAGCAGCGAGAAAGAGAGAAUCGCGAACGAGAGGAGCGACGAAGAAGAGCAAAGGAGAGGCAACAAAAGCUGAUGGCAGAAUUUGCCAACAAGCAGAAACAAUUUAUGGAGAAAGCAAUGAAGACUGAAGAAGCAGGUGCAUCUGGAAUGGAUUGGGAUCAGGAGGAGAACACAACUAAAUUAGCUAGUAAAAAAGAAUACGAUUGUGUGAUAUGUAAUCAAACUACCCCCAGUAGCGAAGAUAAACCAAUGGGACUUGUUGUAUUAGUUCAAGCAACUAGUAUCAUUGGCCAUGAACGACAAGAAUCAGACAGGCUAAUUCUUCCCACAUCCGAUGAGGAUCCAUCUAUACCGAAGGGAAAUACCCGAGGGGCUUAUUUUGACCGCAGAAUGGACGAAAUGAGUCGUUUAUUUCACACGUUUUCGUGGCUAGUCUCGGUGAAUCUAGGCUGGGAAGGCGGUGUCCAUGUACAAACGUGCGGUCACCACCUACACUUAGAUUGUUUAAAAUCCUAUUUGGAAUCUCUUCGUAGUCAACAACGACAACAGAAUCUGGCAGUAGAACGGGGGGAGUACUUCUGUCCGCUUUGUCGACAGUUAGCCAAUUCUGUUUUGCCGUUGUCGCCACAAUUAGGCGAGUGCUCAGCAGUGGUGCGAUCUCGUCACGCUUCCACAAAGACUAUAUUCGCAGAUUUGAACACGUUCCUCAAAGAGAUACAACGAAAUCCGAUCUCUUCGAAUCUAGCUGUAGCGAUGGGAAAAGCGAUGGAGGAUAUGACGACUUGCACGUAUCUAAAAUAUAAGCAAAAGAACUGUAAACCUAGUCACCAAAGCUUGUUCCUUUUCGUAACUUCAGUAGCUCGAACCAAUUUUGAGAUCGAACUCGUGCAGCGUGGCGGAUCGUUGUGCGAUUCACCGCCCACUACGAUACCUCUAACGCCUAAACGCGAUUGUAUAGUUGCGCUUCUUCACGUCUUGGCCAUGCAUGCUCGUGUACUUGUUACCUGGCCGGUACAUGACGUGUGGCAGCAGUUGGCUAUACCGCUGAUAGAAGAACCGACAUCUUCGUUCGCCUUGACACCAUGCGAAAGAGAGGUUCCUUUACUCCUGCGAGACCCGACUGCUAUGCUCAUUCAAUUCAUAUUGUUGUUGCCGUUGCAUCUGGAUCAAACGUACUUCUCGGGCGUGGUAAAGGUCCUUUACAACUUGCUGUACUAUCAAGUAAUACUACAGAUAAGCUGUAAUUUCUCGCGAGCCGAACGAAACACAAUCUUGAAGAGGAGAUAUAGCUGCGCUACCACGCCCUCGGAGACUAUAUUAGCCCAAGUUAUCGAAUAUUUUAGUGACAGCGGACUUUACUCCGGUACAGAUGAUGACAAGCCGUCUACAUCGUCUUCGCCAACUUACGCCAAAGUGAAAACGCACUGCAUCGAACAACAAAUCCAGUCGUUAUGUUUGCCGUUUCUGCGAGUAGCUUCGUUGCUGCGUUAUCACUUGUACGAACAGCCUUUGCCUCUAAUCAGAACGCCGCAGAGCGAGUUUGUAAGAUUGGUGUACUAUUUGGAGCUGGUCACAGAAGGCAUGAGUUGGGACAGCUUCGAUUCGACAGUGGCCUUAAAUUGGCAAGAACCAAAGGCGAGCGUCUCGGUGCCACUUUUUUGGUGUGAUCAAUUACUCGGAUUUCUUGCCAAUUGGCAAAAUCAUCAGCCAGUCCGCGGCCUGAUCGUGGAACAGCAUAUAUCUUGGCAUAUGCCGAAGUUGCUCAGUCUCCCGAGAGAAUACGAAAAGAUCUUCACGUACUACCAUGAGCGGCAAUGCAGCCAAUGCCAUUCUGUCCCGCAGGAAAUUAGCAUCUGUUUGUUGUGCGGCACUAUCGUCUGCCUUAAACAAAACUGUUGCAAACAGAUGAAUGUAUGCGAAGCUAUUCAGCAUUCGAUCGAUUGUGGAGGCGGAACUGGUAUUUAUCUCGUAGUGACUUCGACUUACAUUAUCGUGAUACGCGGUCGACGAGCGUGCUUGUGGGGAUCUUUAUAUCUUGAUGAUUUCGAAGAAGAAGACAGAGAUCUAAAACGUGGUAAACCCCUAUAUCUUAGCCAGGACAGGUAUCAACUAUUGGAACAACAAUGGCUGGCACAUAGAUUCGAUCAUACGAAGAAAUCAUGGGUCUGGCAUCGCGAUGCUUUGUGACCCCUCACGAUGUUAUUACGUCUCACUCAUCUCUCUUAAUCUCAGACUCCAAGAAGACUUUCUCCCUCUUUUCUUUUUUUUCUAUCUUGUUCUUAUAAUUCCCGCAGUUAUUUUCAUGCAAAAUGCCUCGCCCUUUCGUAGUAAUGCCCGCGCGCUUUAGAGACUAACAGAAAUAGAUCGCUCUUAAUAGAUAUUAUAUAUUUAUUAUGCAGUUGAAUAAAUAUAGUAGGCAUAUAAAUGACAAAUGAAAGUAUUACAAAAAAACACACUUGUCUGAAGAAAAGAAUAAAUUUUGUUCAUAUAGUCACGCGUAACUUGAUUAAUGCAUAUUAUGUAGAAAUUUUAUGUAUUUUACGAUGCUCUCAAAUUAUAAAACCUUGUACAUUUUAUUUAAAUAUAUACAUCGGACCAUUCCCAAUUUAAUAUUUCCGCAUAAUUAUCUCUGAAACAGUGGUUAAAAAAAAAUUAUUAAAAGCUGACGUCUCUUUUUCAAAUUAUAUGUUAAACUGACAAAUAGUCGAAAUAGAGUAUAAUUUGAUUUUUUUUUAAAUAGCCACUAAUUUUAGUGAUUAUUAUAGAAAAGAUUAAAGUGAAAUGCGUACUCUGUAUAUACAUAUAUAAAAUACGUCCUAAUAAUAUACAUAUAUAAAAUACGUCUUAAUAAAAAAAAAGUACUUAUAUAGAAUGUAGCGUUUCUACUUUAUAGGCGAAAACAAUAUUCAAGUGAUAAUCGCAAAGAGAUAAAACCCGUGUGUAGUUUUGAAUAAUUGAAUUGUUUUAAAGAUAGAUACAAUUUUGGAUUUAUGUUUCCUUAUUUCUGAAGCACUUUGCAGAUUGUAUGUAAAGCAAACGCAGAUUUUUUCGCGAAUAUUUAUAUUUUAGCAUUAAUGUAUAAAAUAUACUAAUUUUCCAAAUAAUAUUGCUAUGAACAAGAUCAUGUUACUAGAAAUAUGAAAGAAAUGUCGAAGACUGACAUCUUUAAAUCUGUAUUUAUGCCCAACGACAAAGAUACUAGAAUCUAUAUAUAAUCAGAAA